AUGGCUUCAGUAUCAAUAGCCGCAAGGCUAUGCGCCGUGGCUUGCCGUCGGGCCCCUCGAAUACAACAUAUUCCCCGGCCUCAGCAGCUUAUCCGCCCAAAGCCGCAUGCUCAACGGGCAUUUACCACCUCAACGAUACGAUGGGCGCGCGAGGAGGAUCAACGCCAAGAGGACGCUGAGGAGGAUGAUUUCGGUCCUAUAGAGCUGAAGAAGCUGGAGGCCGCGUUGGCUGAGGCUUCUACACCGGAGGGGCUGAAACAAUUGGAUCAGCUGGCCAAAGAGAAUGGCUAUAAUUCCAUUGACCACUACUUGCAAAAUGAGCUGGAAUGGCACCCUGGCUGGGCGUCGGAGGACAGGUCAGUGCUGGAAGAUAUCUCAAGAGACGACAAGGGUGAAAGGCCCAAUAAACAGUCAUUCUGGUUCGACGAGGAGGACCCCGAAACCAAUACCGAAGAACUUGAGGAAUUCGACGAGGACGACAUAACAUCUAUGGCUCAUGGCAAGCUUGACGAAAUUCGAGAUAUGCGACAGUACGCACGACUGGCAGUAUGGGAAUUGCCUCUUCUCUCAAAGUAUGCCAAGCCCUUCGUCCCUCCUAGCGACAACCAGGUUCUGCGAUGGCGGUACACUUCUUAUAUGGGCGAAUUCCACCCUGCGGAGAAAAAGGUGGUGGUGCAGUUCGCUCCCGAUGACCUGAAGCUCACACCAGUUCAAACCGAGAAGCUGAAAAAGCUUGCUGGCCCUCGCUACAACCCCGAGACAGAAAUCAUCAAAAUGAGCAGCGAUAGCUUUGAGCACCAAGCACAGAACAAGCGCUACCUCUCCAAUCUAGUUGACGACCUCAUUGCUGCGGCCAAAGACCCCAAGGACACAUUUGAGGACAUCCCUCUUGAUACCCGACAUCAUAAGAUUCAACCCAAGCCGCAAUUCCCCAAGGAGUGGCGCAUGUCUCCUGAGCGCCGUGAACAGCUUGAUGCCCACCGCCAACGUUUAGCGAUAGAGGAUGCUAAAAUCGCCGAGAGCGGUCGGCUGAUCGAUGGGACACAGGCCAUCGACGAGUACCUGAUCAAGAGGGCCGCCGAGGACCAGAAGAAGGCUAAGAUUGCGGAGCUUGUGCCUGCGACACCCGGCAAGAGUGCUGGCGGUAGCCGUGCGAGGAGAUGA